AUGGUUGAACUAAAAAGCAGGACUAAAAAAACCGCCACACCACCUGUGGCAGCCCCCGAACCACCUACCGUGCCUCCUCCUGUAGGAAUUGCCAAUUUGCCUAACCAACGUUACAAGAUUGUAAGCGAACAGGGCGGUUAUUUCACUAUGAUGGUUGCCGGUGAAAGUGGAUUAGGUAAGACAACUUUCGUGAACACUUUGUUUCAAACUACUUUAAAGCAUGCUGAUCCUCAAAGGAAUAGAUUUUCUCCCUUGAAGAAGACCGUCGAUGUGGAUAUUAUUCGUGCUGAAUUGGAGGAAAAGAAUUUCACUUUGAGAGUGAAUGUCAUUGAUACCCCGGGAUUUGGUGACAAUGUCAAUAACAACAAGGCUUGGCAACCAUUGGUGGACUUCAUUGAUGAUCAACAUGACUCGUAUAUGCGUCAAGAACAACAACCAUACCGUAAGGUUAAAUUUGAUUUGAGAGUUCAUGCUGUCUUGUAUUUCAUCAAACCCACCGGUCAUGGUUUAAAACCCAUUGAUAUUGAAACGAUGAAGAGACUUUCUACUAGAGCCAAUUUGAUUCCUAUCAUUGCUAAAGCUGAUACCCUAACUGCUCCAGAAUUAAAAACUUUCAAAUCAAGGAUUAGACAAGUUAUAGAAGCACAAGAGAUUAGAAUUUUCACUCCCCCAUUGACCAAUGAUAUUAAAGAGGAUUCCACUGAAGCUGUCGCCAUGGAACAUGCAAGACAAUUGAUUGAAUCCAUGCCAUUUGCCAUUAUAGGUUCUGAGAAUACGUAUGAUAAUGGACAGGGGACAAAUGUUGUAGCUAGAAAAUAUCCAUGGGGGCUUGUAGAAGUGGAGAAUGAUGCACAUUGUGAUUUCCGUAAAUUGAGAGGUUUACUGUUAAGAACGUAUCUAUUAGAUUUAAUUACCAAUACGGAGCAAUUACAUUACGAGACCUAUAGAAAAUUAAGAUUAGAAGGUGGUUCAGCCACUGGUGAUAAUGAUGAUCCUUCAUUACCAGUUAAGGCACCAGCAAGAAAAUUGUCACAUAAUCCUAAAUAUAAAGAAGAAGAAAACGCAUUAAAGAAAUAUUUCACAGAUCAAGUAAAGGCUGAAGAGCAAAGAUUUAGACAAUGGGAACAAAAUAUUGUUAAUGAAAGAACCAGAUUGAAUGGAGAUUUGGAAGAAAUACAAUCCAAGGUCAAGAAAUUGGAGGAACAAGUAAGAACGCUUCAAUUGAAGAAACGUUGA